AGACAGCAACUCCCCAGAAGUUGAACAAGAUGGCUUUCUUCUCAGCCAUCUCCUCUGACCUGAGUGAAAGGAUCUUUAAUUUGUCUGCCUCUGUCUUCCAACAGGAAUGUGUUUCCUCUGCUUCUGGUGCUGACAUGUGUGAGAGGAAGCUUUAACCUCUGAACACACUAACACAGCAGGACCGCCCACUUGUCUAAAGGAACACCUCCUCUGUGUGGACGUGCAAAUAUCUUGGCAUCUUGUGGAUGUGAGAGCUCUUCUUCAUACAGGAUGUGUGCUUCUGCAGCUAAAGUGAAAGUAAGACAGACCAGGAAACGCUGAGACAUUGUGCAUGAGGCUGGACUGUUAGAUUUAUAAAAACAUCAACCUCCCAACACAGAGAGAAACCCACUAAACUUCACUGAAGGAUAAGAAGCUGUCACUGUGCCAUACAGGUAAAUCACCACCAAAGGUACUGAACAGCUGAUGGAGUCUAUCAUCAGUGGAGACUUUGAGGAAUCUGUAUCAUUGAAGUUGGGUCUGUGUGCAGAACAUACAGAAGUACGGACACAUGGCUUGUUCAACACGGUCUGCCUUAAAUUACGUCAAGGAGGCCAGAAUUCACCUUGUGAAUGGAUUAAAAAAUCACUCAGUGAUUCUGGUCAACUUGAAUCAUAUAAGAGUUUUGGGUAAUGAGGAGGUCAGUGAAAUAGAGGCAGAGAAAAAUGACUUCAAUAAAAGCAGAAAAAUACUGGACUCUGUCAUGAGAAAGGGUGAAGAUGCCUGCUACGAGUUCCUCAGGAUUAUUUACACGACGAGGAAGAAGACCUUAGGGAGGACAUCUCUCCCUAAGAGAAAGACUGUAGCUUCUGAUGAGACCAAGGAGUUUGACCUGCACAACUGGAUCAGCUGCUUUUCUUUCAAGGAAGACACACAAAUGGAUACAAACUACUUACAAGGAACAAGCCCGUGCUACCGAUAUCAGGCAAAGUUGAAGUCAAAAGCACAAAACAUAUCAAAUCAGUUUUGGAUGGCAAACAAAAAUCUGUUUGAUGAAAACAAGAAGAAGAAUCUGUCGUACAUGUCACUUGUAUUAGACACAGAAGAAAGGGGUAGUCUCUCUAAAGUAAAGAAAUUUAAGAGCAAGAAAAUCAAGAAGAGUCGCCCUAAAAAGCUAAGAACAUACAUCCCUGAGGCAAAAGCAGAAACGUCCCCCAGUGACCUGCUGAAAACAGAUAAAAACAUACUCUUGGUUGGUAAGCCUGGGAUUGGAAAGACAGCACUCACUCACGAAAUGUUGAAACUCUGGGCAGAAAGAGACAACAAGGACCUUGAUUACAUGUUUUACUUUGACAUGAGAGAAACAUCCCACAUCAUGAAGGCCCUGAGCUUGGAGGAUCUUCUCUUCGGUGUGUUCAGUGAGCCAGAUGAAGGCAAAGAAGAGGUCUUACAGGACAUAAAGAACUCUGACAGUGUUACACUCAUUUUUGAUGGACUCACCGAUCUGUCUGUCCACCCACCAGUGGUGAAGAGACUUGUAGAGAAGGACCUCCUACCUGAUGCCAAGGUCAUCGUGACUUGCAGACCUGAUGACGAAGAAGAGUUUCUUUCUGCCGACUUUCUCAGAAUGGAAGUCAAAGGCUUUAGUGAGCAGACCAUAAAAACAUACUUAUCUGCAAUGCUAGGCGACAAACAGAAGAAUGUUUUGAGCAACGUGGAGCUGUUGACUCUUUGCCAUGUCCCAAUGUAUGCACUGAUGGUGGCUGCCUGCUCUUCAUUUGAGACACCAGAAGACUCUCCACAGCCAUGCAGUAUAACUGAAAUCUACAUCAAUAUUGUUCGUCAUUGCCUUCAAAUAAACAGCAAAACAAAAAUCAAAGAUCUAAAUUCCUUCAUCAGCAACAAGAGAAAUGAAAUACUGUCUUUGGCUGAAGUUGCUUUUCAUGCAACUGAAGAAAAGACUGUGAACUUGACUGAAAGUCCCUGUGAAGACAGCUGUGUCCUCUCCUUCCUGAAACAGCUUGUUAUCAGAGUCGCCCCUACUGAGACAAUAACCACACAUGCAUUUCUCCAUUACACAAUGCAGGAGUUUUUUGCAGCACUGUGGCUCUUGAAGAAUCCAGAUCAAAUCAAGGCUGUUUUUCAGCAAUGCCUCACUGAGGAGAAGAAACACAUGAAGCAUCUGAUCCCUUUCAUGUGUAGAUUGUUGACUGACAAGAGCCCCAGUUUGAUGAAGUGUCUGAUACCAGCUGAGGAGCUCAAGAAUAUAUCCAGCUGGUUCUUUGGGGAAAUGAUUUCCACAUUUCUCAACAGUGAGCUGUUCAGUGUACUGUUCUUAUGCCAGUGCAUGUAUGAGUCCCAGUGUCCUGAAGCAUGCACCUACCUUCUGGACAAGCUGGACUACCAUCUUGAUCUCAGUGAAGAGAGUCUCCAUUCAUACCCUUGCUGUGCUGUGGCCUAUGUGGUCAGUCAGUCGAAGGAGAGGAAGAUAAGCCUGGACCUUGAGGACGUCACGGUAUCAGAACAAGGAAUGAGACGACUAUUUGGAUGUCUUGAAAACGUCCAAUGGUGUGACCCUCUGCCACAGCAGCUGUGGAAGAUCUUGCUCCUCAGUGAAGGGCAGAUGGACCACAUGACGUUACUUGGCCUUGAUGGAAAUCAGUUGCACCUCCCAGUUGAGGGUAAAAAACAGCUGUUUGAAAGAGCAGUAAACAUCAUGCAGAAGAUUACUACAAAGGUUAACGUCUGCCUCCACUGGGAAAGGGAAACUCCCGUCUGCCAGAAUCUGUGCGAGUCUCUCUUGGAGGCUUUGCCACACAUCAGCUCACUCAGCUUCAGGAUGUCCUACAGAGAUCCAGGAUCACAGGACCAGAAGCAAUGCCACAAGACACUGGAGAGGAACAAAAAGCAGCUGCUAAUGGAUUUAUGCCUGAAAGCAGAACUUGACGAGGGAGGAAGCUCUCACAAUGUAGUGAAUAGGCUCCUCUCUUUGUUUUCUGUUAACAAUGACUUGAACUACAUCCUUGAUUUUUAUCAACACGUCCAGAGUGGAGGGUUUUCAGGUGUCAUUCCAAAACUGAGGCCACUUUUCCAGUCAGUUCCUGCAGUCUGGUCCAUAGACCUCUCAAAGAGAAAGACCUCCAUCCUCCUGGAAGUGCUGAAACUCCAACCAGAGAAGAAACCAGUGGAGCUGAGAGGCUGCUCAGAUGAAGAGAGUGAAGUGAGGAGUUUCCUACAGUGUCUGCCUUAUAUCUCACAGCUCAGUUUUCCUCCUUGGUGGUCACAUGAUCAUUCAGAACCAGUCAGGUUCUUUGUGAAUCUGUUCUGUGCAGCAGCAGAGAGAGAACAGCAGACAGGAGAGAAGAUACUGGAGCUGCUAUCAUCAGUGUGCAGUUACAAAACAUUCCCUCUUAAUGUCGACUAUAAUGACGAGGAAUAUCGGUGUGAUUUCCUGCUGGAUCUGUACUCCCACCUGAAGGACUAUGAGACUAAAACAGGCCUGAGUGUCCUUCCAUCAUUACAGUCAGUUUUCCAGUCAGCUCCUGCAGUCUGGUCCAUAAACCUCUCAAAGAGAAAGGACUCCAUCCUCCUGGAAGUGCUGAAACUCCAACCAGAGAAGAAACCAGUGGAGCUGAGAGGCUGCUCAGAUGAAGAGAGUGAAGUGAGGAGUUUCCUACAGUGUCUGCCUUAUAUCUCACAGCUCAGUUUUCAUCCUGGACGGUCAGAUCAUUCAGAAGCAGUCAGGUUCUUUGUGAAUCUGUUCUGUGCAGCAGCAGAGAGAGAACAGCAGACAGGAGAGAAGAUACUGGAGCUGCUAUCAUCAGUGUGCAGAUACACAACAUUCCCUUUAAAUGUCAUUUAUUAUGAUGACUAUGAGGAUUAUCAGUGUGUUUUCCUGCUGGAUCUGUACUACCACCUGAAGGACUAUGAGACUAAAGGAGGCCUGAGUGUCCUUCCAUCAUUACAGUCAGUUCUCCAGUCAGUUCCUGCAGUCUGGUUCAUGGACCUCUCAGAGAGAAAGACCUCCAUCCUCCUGGAAGUGCUGAAACUCCAACCAGAGAAGAAACCAGUGGAGCUGAAAGGCUGGUCAGAUGAAGAGAGUGAAGUGAGGAGUUUCCUACAGUGUCUGCCUUAUAUCUCACAGCUCAGCUGUGAUCCAGAGUUCUUCCAGAGAGUGUGUUCAUGCAUCUCUGUGAGAUCCAGAGAGGAGGCCGAGCAGCUGUCCUCUCUGCUGCAGCUGCUGGGGUUCACCCUGCUGUUAACAGGAGAGUUACCCAGGACAAGCUGCCGCUCUGUGGGGACAGUUCUCAGACGUUGUGGCUCUGAUGUGGAUCUCAUCCUCACACCCAGAAAGAUGUCUUUCAAAGGAGUCUUCCUCCUCUUUAGACGAACAACACAACUACACAGUCUGAGGCUUUCUAACGGCAUGGCCUUGCUACUGUGUCGAUGGGUAAGAAGAGAGAGAGAGAACUGUCGGGUGACUAUUGAAGAGCUUUCUCUCUCUCCUCAGACGGCCCCACCAUCACUAAGAGUACUGUUGAAGCUUGUCAGUAGUUUGGCGUCCCUGCUGAGAUACUGGACAGUCAGUCGGUUAGACCUGACUGAGUUCUGUGUUCCUGUUCAGGGUCUCAUUCCACUGCUGCUGCAUGAUGGCCCUCUAACAAUCAAACUGAGUAAGAAGACUUUCCAUCAGCUACUCUCCCUCCUUUAUGAAGUCCAGGACAAGGACUUGACCUGGUCCUUCUUGAGUAAGGUAGGUGGAGACCUGACCUCCUGCUGUCUGAACUGGGAGCUUCUUCACUAUCUGCUGCAGUCAUCAGCUCAGACCUUCACCGUGAACGUGAGGAAGAACAGCUUCUUACAGGGGAGCAUCGCACGUCUGCUUCCCUUUCUGGACAGGAUUGUGUUUAAAAGACCCUGUCCCAGCUUUGUGUUGACCGCCAUCAGAGAGAUCUAUAGAGCUGGAGCUGGUCCCAUUAUACCCAGUUUACUGAGGUCAUUGGAUCAUGUGAUCAGCCUGACCUGCAGAGAGAUGGACUCGGUGGACUGUGCCGCUCUGCUCUUCACCCUCAAACACAGUGACAGAGUUAAACUGGACCUCCAGUGGACCUCCAUCCCAGCAGGGGAAAUAGAGUCCAUCCUCUUUAUGCUGGACAAAGUUUCUCAACUCAGUGUUGACAGGAAUCAGCUGCUGAGGUUGGUCCACUGCUGUGCUGCCUCUGAGGCCCAGCAGGGGGCAGCAGUCAGCCUGCUCAGGACUGUGCAGCACAGGCUGGAUCUGUCCUGCUCCUCCUGUGUGGAUCUGGAUCAGAGGGACACUCUCCGUCUGACUGGUGACGACUGCAGGGCCGUCUCCACCAUCCUGAGACGCAGCAGCCGGGACACAGAGCUCAACCUGCAGGACUGUGAGGUGGAGGACGGCGGACUGGACCUGCUGUUUCCUGUCCUCGACAGAGUCCGCCUCAGAGCCAGUAAAGCUGUCCUCCUCCAGCUGGUGUCCCUGGUUCCUGUGAACAGUGAGAGGGACAGAGUGAGACGGGCAGUGUCCCUCUGCAGAGCCCUGGAUGGAGAGCUGGACCUCAGUCACACCACACUGGAUCAGAGGGUCUGUGGAGCUUUGGCCUGGAUGCUGGACUCCUCUGAAGAGCUGACAGAGCUGGACCUCAGUCACUGUCAGCUCACUGACCAGCUGCUGCUCACACUCAGCUCACAUCUGCACAAAGUACAAGUCCUGGAUCUGAGUCACAAUAACAUCACCGAUGCUUCAACCGGCGCGUUGCUCCAGCUGGUCUCCACCAACCCCUCCAUUGACACCGUGCGACUCUUCAGGAACAACAUUGUGGACACAACGUCCUUUAAGAAGGACAAGAAGUUUGAAAUAUGGUGAAGCGGUCGUCAGUGUGGUGUUUUCUGUCUGAUGACCAUUAGAUGAAAAUGUUAGUGUAGUGCAACUACUAAUACUGUGUUUGAGGUGGUCUGUUCACAUGGAGGUCAAGAGCAGCCAGGGCCUCGUUUCAGGUCUCAGCUUUAACAAAGCCUGAACUCUGAGUGGACUCAUCCUGAGGAGGGAAACUCAGAACAGCUGAUCAGAGUCCGAUCAAUCUACUCUGAGCCAUCAUCAAUAGAGCUCUGAUACCACGAUUCACCAUGGCAACAUGGCCUCCGUUUUAAUCCAGUCAACGUAGAGAUAUUAGUACAUGUAUAUGCUGACUGCGCACAUUUAUCUUUAAAAAAGUCAGAGCUGGGAGAAGUGUCAAUAACACAUUAAAGUUUAAUUCAGUGUUGUCCAUUGUUGUCCAUCCUCCGCUAAUUAAUUAAUCCUCCGCUUCGAUGCGCGCUGAAUGAAGGAGGAAAUAAAGCAGCGUGUCUGGCUCUGUAACAGGGAGCAGGUCGAGUUACCGUGGCGACUGACUCUGUUACCAUGGUAACUGACCCAGAGUUUAAGUUAUCUCUCUUUCUGGAAGAGAAAAUCCAGAGUUUACAUCAUCUCAGGUUUAACUAACUCAAAGUUUUUACUAAUCCUCUUUCUCUUUCUGAAACAGAGCUCAGCAGUGUUUGAUGAUAAUCAUCUGGAGAUCAUGACUCCUCUCUUGUUCUGGAGGUGCUGUAGAUUAUUAUUUUAUGCUGCUCAUAUUUAGCAUUGACAGCCUGAGAUAAUGUUCUGUUGGGAUAAUUCAUAUUUUUGUAUUUUGUGGUAACUAUGAAUGUUUAGUUCAUAAAACAUGUUUGAUACGUUGAGAUGACAGUGAAUUAUCUCAAGGGAAUGAUCUUGAAAUGUAAAUAUGAGUGUCUGUUCCUUCUCUUUUCCUCAUUAAAAUACCUCGUUUACUGUAAA